AAACCACCACACACACACUCUCUCUCUCUCUCUCUCUCUCUCUCUCUCUAGCUCCGCCUUAUUUUCGGUGUUUUUCCGACACAAUUUCGUAACUCCGGCCGACGGCCAAAGAGUUUAUCACCGUCUUUCUCCUCUAAUUUCAAGCUGCUAUGUCUCAGGUUGAUAACAGAAAUUCUUCUGCUGCCAAACGUGCCCGAACUGACGGUGGCCGUAGGGAAGAUGACUGGACAUGUCCGAGCUGUGGGAAUGUCAAUUUCUCCUUCAGAACCACGUGCAAUAUGCGCAAUUGUACUCAGUCUAGGCCUGCAGAUCACAACUCAAAAUCUGCAGUUAGACCAAUGCAAGCUCCACAGAGCUAUUCACCCUCUGCUGCAUAUGUUGGGUCUGGUGCACCCUCUUCAAUGUAUAUGGGGGUAGCACCUUAUGGUGGUUCUCUGUUCAAUGGACCAUCCAUGCCAGCUUAUGACGUUCCAUUUUCUGGGGGUUCAGCUUAUCAUUACAAUAUUGGGAGCCGCCUUUCUGGGGGCAGCCCAUACCGCCCACUACAUUUCUCUGCUCCACCUCCUUACACUGGUGGGUCUGUGAUUGGAAAUGGUGGGAUGUAUGGUGUGCCACCACAUAUGGACCGAUACGGUUUGGCAUUGCCAAUGGCCCCUGCUGGCAUGGCACCAAGGCCGGGUUUUUAUCCUGAAGAAAAUUCUCAAAAGAAAGAUGGAACACGUGAUAAUGACUGGAAAUGUCCUAAAUGUGGAAAUGUCAACUUUUCUUUUAGAACAGUUUGUAACAUGAGGAAGUGCAACACUCCAAAGCCUGGUUCUCAGGUUUCCAAAUCGGGGAAGAAUACUAAGCCAGAAACGCCAGAGGGAAGCUGGAAAUGUGAGAAAUGCAACAACAUAAACUAUCCUUUUCGGACCAAGUGUAACAGACAGAAUUGCGGUGCAGAGAAACCAUCUGAGUCCAAAAAGUCUCCUUCACAAUCAGAUGAUGAGAAUGAUCAGUGAGUACUAGGGCUUGUUUAAGGGUUGAGAAGGUCCAGAGUUGUCGUCCAGCAUUGCUCAGUGUGGGUGUCUGAAAGUCAGUAAUGUCACCUUCCUGUUGCAGCGGUUGUCAAGUUACUGUGCCUUAAUGUGGUGUCAAAGUUGUACUAACUGAAAUUGGUACCUUGUGGUCCUUAUGGAUUCUUGACGAGUUUCAUCAAGUGUCUACCAGCUUUUUCUGGCUGGAUGCUAUUGAGGUUGAUUUGGUUGAUGUUCAAUAGGAUUUCUUCUGGUAUUGCUGCACCUAUGUUAGAUGGGUUGUUGACAUCCAUUUGUGUUAGGUGGUAAUUAAAAAAAAAAAGCCUGAUGUAGCCUGUUUUUA